AUGGGGGAGUCCAAUGGCAGCCAGCUGGAGGUUCCGUACGCAGGGACGCACGGGUAUCUGCCGGGCUUCCUGCCGGAGCCUUUCACGGGCAGCUAUGACACGGACUACGGGGUCCCGGGCGACGACGCUCUGGACGCCUCCCAGGGCCGCGCCUUCUUCGUGGCCACCAUCGUCAUCGGCGUCGUGCUCGUGUGCAUCAUGUUGGUGUGCGGCAUCGGCAACUUCCUGUUCAUCGUCACGCUGGCGCGCUACAGGAAGCUGAGGAACCUCACCAACCUCCUGAUCGCCAACCUGGCCGUGUCAGACCUGCUGGUGGCCGUGGUCUGCUGCCCCUUCCUGCUGGACUACUACGUGGUGAAGCAGCUCUCCUGGGACCACGGGCUCGUGCUCUGCGCCUCCGUCAACUACCUGCGCACCGUCUCCCUCUACGUGUCCACCAACGCCCUGCUGGCCAUCGCCGUCGACAGGUACAUGGCCAUCGUUCAUCCUCUGAGGCCACGCAUGAAGCACCAGACUGCCUACUGCUUGAUCACGGGCGUGUGGAUCGUUCCCGUCCUCAUCUCCAUACCCUCCGCGUACUUCGCCUCUGAGACCGUGUACCCGGACGCUUCCUCGCAGCACAACAAGUUCUUCUGUGCUCAAGUGUGGCCCGUGGACCAGAAGCUCUACUACCGCUCCUACUUCCUGUUCAUCUUCGGCGUGGAGUUCGUGGGGCCGGUUCUGACCAUGGCGCUGUGCUACGUGCGCAUCUCCAGGGAGCUCUGGUUCAAGAGCGUGCCGGGCUACCAGACGGAGCAGAUCCGGCGGCGGCUCCGCGGGCGCCGCAGGACGGUCAUGGUGCUCAUCGGCAUCCUGACGGCUUACAUCCUGUGCUGGGCGCCAUACUACGGUUUCACCAUCCUGCGCGACUUCCACCCCACCCUUGUACUGCGCGAGAGGAACUUCCUGGUGGCUUUCUACAUCAUCGAGUGCAUCGCCAUGAGCAACGGGAUGAUCAACACCUUCUGCUUCGUCAGCGUGAGAAACAACACGGUGCAGCACCUGAAGAGGAUCGUGCUCUUCCGCUGGAGGUCCACCUACGUGCCCGGCAAGGCGGCCGAGGAGACGGACCUGAGGACUUCCUCUAUGCCCGUGACGGAGAUCGACUGCGUGCGCCUGAAGUGA